ACAGCACCAACAAAAGUGGCAUUGUGGCAUAUUCCGCGCUAGAGAGAUGGCGACUAUUCGCAAACCUGGAGCCAGUGCUAGAGUUGUGGGGGUCCGGAGGGUGUCAAAACAAUCCAAAACUCACCCACUCCCUCCGGACAAUGACUUGUUCCAAGCAGCCGCCUCGGGUGAUCCAGAGUGGCUUCGGCUGAGUCUGAAGAGUGCGCCUUCGCCAAAGCCCGUGGACAAGCAGGGUCUAACUGUCCUCCACGUGGCGUGCCUCUACGGCCAGCUGGCCUGCAUGAAAGUUCUUCUGGAGACCCAGGUGGUGGCCGUGAACACCAGCUGCCCUCGGGGCCGCAAACCAAUCCACAUGGUGCUGACCGCCCGGAGCAGACCUCACUCCCACACCUGCCUCACCCUCCUCCUGGAGCACGGGGCCCUGCCCAACAUUGCCACAAACACGGGGUUGACGCCCCUGCACGUGGCGGCCACCGAGGGCCUGUUGGAGUGCAUGCAGGUCCUGCUCAACGCUGGCGCUGACACCCGGGCACAAGACAGCAGAGGGCACACACCUCUGGACCUGGCACGAGUCUGGUGCCACCGCAGGAUCGCCAGGUACCUGAAGUACUUCAUGUGGCAGGAAGACAAGAAGACAGAGACAGUGAGAAGGAAGGCCUUGGAGACUCUUCACCAGGACCUGGUGGACAUGCACCACAUAACCACGGCCAGAGAGAAGGUGAUCCGGCAGGAUAUCGUUGAGGAGAACGUCACCAAGUGGGCUGAUGGGAAGGGCUUACCACGCCUCAGGACGCCCCCCAUGGGCAUGUGGUACCAGGCACACACCCGGUGCCUCUCCCCUGACCAGGGGGGGCCGACUCUGGGCAAGGGCAGGGUCCGCAAGGCCUCGCCUGGAGCCCUUUCACCACAGGAGGCCUGGAACAUCUCCCCCAACCCUUCCAUGCCCCCGACGGCUUCCGUGAGCAGACCCCAGGGGGUGCGUAUGAGCAGCCAGCCUGAGAAGACCCCUCCGGAGCCGGACCUCCAGAAGAGUGUGAUACUGGGGACGACCAGAGACGGACAGCCCCAGUACGUGACUACGUGGGACGGGUCGCCCCAGCUGGCCCCCUCCCUGCCCAUGGACGUCCUUCGCAGGGGGCUGUUCCCCAACGUUUACCCCGCCAGGAUCGCCUCGGCCUGCCACUUCCACCCUCAGCACGUCCUGGACCUGCCUAGACGGGGCUGCACCCCUGGUCACAGCGCCACCCCCUGGACGGAGGUGGCAAUGCACCUGGUGGAGGAACUGGAGCCUGGACACUACUAAGACAAUAUCCCUUUAUUCUUGGAUCAAGCCCUUACUUCUAAUCUAUUUGAAUGGUGAAAACAACAUGGUAGGGAGUUAUACUCCCUACAUCCCACAGUUUAAUUUUUAUACUUCAAUGUAUCAAUGAAGCACGCUCAUCACCAGAUUCCUUAAUUAACCAUUAACAAAUAGAGAAAUUAUUUAUUUUUAUUAAAAAGCUACAGUAUUGCAAACACUACGGUAUUUCCUUCAAAGACAGCGAUUACAAUGACGACAGCUGAAGUAAAUUCAUAUGCAGUAUGCUUAUGUGGGCCAGGGUGACAGGGAGGUGAGG